CUAUGAAUAACGUGGCUGGACCUCACUGUGUACUCCAAGCUGGUCUGAUGAGCACAUUUUCAGAACUUUAACGAGGCCAAACUUUCUAUUUCAGGUGCUUCUUUGAUAGAGAUAGAGACAGAGAUAUAGAGAUGCCUUUCUAUAAACGCACAGUCGAGCCUCAGAACUUGUGCAGGUUCAACACAGGACCACUCGAACCUGCACCAGACCGCUGUACUGUGUUCCGCUCGCAGUUAUGGACAUCUUUGAACGAUGUGAGCUGUACAAGUAUGAAGAACAUCCUGCAGCAGCUUUCUGAUCUGUCUCGUCAUGCAGGAAGCAUCUUUUUGGAGCUCCAAAGCGAAGCGGCUUCGGUUAUCCAGAGGAGCGCAGCGCUGCAGAGGAGACUGGAUACUUUACACAACACUGUGAUCAAACUCCACCACAAGAAGAUACGAAUCCCUGUGUCCAGUUUAGAUGAGGAAAGCAAGUGGUCAGUGCAUUACACAGCACCCUGGCAUCAGCAGGAGAAUGUAUUCCUGCCAGGAAGCAGACCUCCCUGUGUGGAAGAGCUGCACUGCCAAGCUAAGGUCAACCUGAAGACUGUCCUCAGAGAAUGUGACAAGCUGAGGAAAGAUGGCUUUCGUAGUUCCCGGUAUUACUCUCAAGGCCCAACAUUCUCUUCACCCCUUCUUUCUGAUAGAGAUGGGCAACUAGACCAAGAUGAAACGGAGAAGAAUAAAAAGUCAUCAGAGACAUCAGCUGAAGAAGAAAAGCUGGUGUACUCCUUCAGGCCACAGACCCCUCAGCUGGAUAACAUCAGUGAUAUAAACAACCAUAACAGUUGGAGUAAUUGUCUGCCCUUACCAACGCCAGAGGAGAAGAUGAAGCAGCAAGCGCAGUCUGUGACCACUGACAUCGUCCCCAUCAACAUUACAGGAGAGAACUUUGACCGACAGGCGAGUUUUCGUCGUACCAUAAUUAACACUGACACUAUAAUACGGAGGUCAAAAAGGGUGAAACGAAGGAAAACAAUAACUGGUGUUACAGACAACAUCAAAAGAGAAUUAGCAAACAAUGAAAAAACUGGCAGCAGAAGCCAGUCCAUAUACACAACAGGCCAAUACUCCACCCUGGGUGGUGUAGGGAGUAUUAACCCUUCCCUCGUGCAUUUAGUCACGCGUGACUCCGGCUGCCAGAUAGAUGAUGUAAAGAUUCUACCCCCCUCAAUGCGCAGAAUCCGUUCACAGAGAGGCCAUGGCAUUGCUACUCAAAUGGCAAACAUCACUCUCUCAUCUUCUGGUAGCAUCUCCAACAUGAGUGACUGCAAUGGCGAUAUUUAUACUUGUCAACUUAAUGGCAGUGACCAAAGCUUUCACAGUCUGCCUCGUCAUGGUGCUCGAAUUUGUGUUCAAAAGCUUGAAACAAUUUGUAGCAGUUCUCCGUACUUGGCGGUGUCUGGAUCCACAAGCUCCUUACCCUAUCAGGUUACCAUGCAACAUGCUAGCCCAGACUCACAGCACAAGUCUGAUUUCAGAAUAAAUACCUCAAUUAGUUCCAAGUCUGAUGAAUUUCAUGGUUUCCAGAAUGAAUGUCAUACUGCAACUUCAAACUACAUGGUUUCCAAACACAAUAGUAGCACAUCCUCCUUGAAUUCUGGUAUUGUUUUGCAAAAUGCCAGAAACCUUAGUUCUGUCCACUCAUCACAAAGCUUUGACACAGAAGAGACCCCACUACAUUCUUUGUCAUCUUGUCCCUCAGACCACCCUUUCAGUAGUAGUGGUACCUCGUGCUCUGCUAGCUCCUCCUGCUGUCAGUCUCCGGCCUCUCUCCACAUUGCUACAGAAACUGAGUCCCUAUGUAGUACCCUUGAUGGAAAGAACUGCAGUCCCCAUGGUGUCUGUGAAGAAUCUGACAUGUUGGAGAGCAGCAUUCAUAGCUGCAGCAUAUUGACCACUGACCACUGGAUAUUUAAACCUGCUCCAAUGGAUCAACGGGCCUCAAGCUGUCCCUCUACUAUCACUAAUGUUUGUAAUAGCCUGGAACUUUCACACAACAAGACAGAUGCCAGCUCUAUGCGUUUGACACCAGAUUGCAAAUCAUACAGUCAUGGUUGCAUCAACAAAGCAGGUAAUACAAGACACAAUUUGUAUGAGUGUAGAGCACACCACAGUCAUGAUGACCAUACAAGCCUGCACCGUAAUCAUUCUCUAAGCCGCAGCGUUUCCCUGCGGAAAGCCAAAAAGCCCCCACUCCCUCCAAAAAGGACCGACUCACUGCAACGCAAACCACAGCAAAAACCAACCAGCAAAAAGAUACUCCUAAAUGAGCAACUGAUCUCCAGUCUCAAUGAAUCCCUGAAAAAUCAAAGUGUCGCAUACUCCGGCCAGAUACCCUUAAGUGGAUUAGAAGACCGUUGGGGACUGGGUCACAGAAGCCAAGGCUCUGUUAGUGUAGCAAGCAGUGGAAUGUCAGCACCAUGUACCAUGUGCCCAACCACACCUACACACAGUGACAGCAGCAGUCAACACUCAGAAUACACUGAGUCAUGGGACUUUCACAUGGACUUUCCCAACUCAAGCUCUGAACAUAUGCCAUCCACUCAAAUUAUGAAACCUGUACUUACUAAAGAGAAUUCAAGAGAUUUGGACAGUAAUGUAAUUCCAUUAACUGCCUGCAUCAAGACUGGGCUGAAUUUCCAGAUGUCUGCAUUACCAGACAAAGUCCAACUUGUGACAUCACCAUCUAGUGGUUAUUCAAGUCAAUCCAUUUCCCCAACCGCAGGAACACCAGUAACGUCACUUCUAAGAGUCAAAUCUCCAGAAGGAAGGCCCAAGCCCAAAGUCCCAGAGAGGAAGUCCUCACUGCGGUCCUCUGUUUUCUCUUACUCUAAACCUCUGUCCUCAAACACAUCAGAUUCUGUUAAGAGCAUUCCAGCACCUCCACCUUUACCUAAAACUUUGCCUGGUUUAGUCACCAUUCAGUCUAGUUUUACUAGCCCUAUGCCCAGUUUAGUUAAGUCCAAUUUAUCCUCAAUCACACCAGUACCAUCUACUCUGGCUAUAAGCCCUACUUUUAAGGAAAAGCAAAGUUCUCCCACAGUGUCAUCCACAAUACCAGAGGAAUGUAAUACAUCCAUAAGCUUCUCUUCUGACCCUUCUCCUUUCACAUCAGAAGUCUCAAAUCCCCUGAUGCUGACUAAAAAUGAAAAAAACCCUCUACCACUCCCAUCACCUCCUCCACUUCCUCCUUCAUCAAGUGUCCACACUCAGCCUCUUACCCCUUCUUCCCCUGGUACAGGUCUUCAAGCUGUACCUUUUUUACAAGUAGAAAAUUCUGCUAUGACUUUGGAUACAAAGGAGAAUGUAAAAAAUCUCAAUUCUAGUCAAUCUUACGAUCCUGAAAGUCAUGAGAGACCAGUAAUUACUUCCCAAGCUCUUCAGAGGGUACAACUCAGACCAAUAAAGCUAAUGAAACUGGAAAAUAUUUUCACAGAUAUUAUUACAACAGUGUGUGAUCCAGAAAACCGAGAACCUGACAAGGAGGCCAAUACUAGUACAGACAAACCUGUAGAAACAGAAAUUGUCAAAAAUGUUAUCAAAUCUGACUCAGUCAGUCCACUACAGAAUGGUAUUGAUACAACAGAUUUUCCAUUAAAGGAGCUCAAACCUACUUUGCUGGUCUCUAAUCCAGCUUCUGUUUUACUUGAAGCAAACAGCAAUACCCAUCCUAGUGGGAACAUUCUGGGGCUUUCACUUGAUUCUGGACAUCUAUUUACUUCUGCCUACUCUGAUUUUCUACAGUCCAUAGAUACUUCAUGUACGUCUAAUGAUACACUCAAGGAUCAGAGGUCUGCGACAUCACCUAAAAAGUCUAAUCUUUCUCUGAUUAUGCCAACCAUUUUGCAUCAACCUGAUUUGAAUGGUCUUGAGCAUCUUGAAGUUACUGCUUCAGCAAUGACUGUAGCCCCAAAGAGCAUAAACAGUAAGUCUCUGACAGAAAAUCAGGAUGAGCUUCCACUACAACUAGAGUUCGAAGUAGAGAGUGAUUCUCACAGUUCUACUCCUGUAAGUCCAAGAAGACACUCAAUCAGCAGUGAAGUCUCUUCAGACAGUCUGACUGACUCUCAACUCAGUGGCCUGACUCUCAAUGACCAAGACAUUGGAUUGUGUGAUAUAGAUCUUGGACUGAGUGAUAAAGACCUUGUGCUAAGUGAUGAUAAAGGCAUUACAGAUGAUAGCUUAAGUAACAGCUCAGGAUCUGUCAUCUUCAAAGAAGAAGAAAGUUAUGAAGAAAAUGAUGCUGCGUUUGAUUCUGGAACAGAUAGCUCCUCUCCAACGUUCAGCAGUACAGGAGAAAAUAUUGAGGAAAUGACGACACCUACACGUCCACGCACUACCGAUGACCUAUUUGCAGCCAUCCACAGAUCAAAGAGGAAGGUUCUAGGGCGCUGCGAUUCUGAGGAAGAACGUUUCCGUGGUUUUAUUACCUCACCACCCCCAACACCCACAAGUCCCAGUCCCAGCAUGACUUGGAUGACCCGUCAGACUAGCAGCAUCCAGCGUAGGAUGCGCCGUUCAACCACCAGCAAUGACAGCUUCAAAGCACUGCUUCUGAAGAAGGGCAGCCGCUCCGAUCCUGGUUUCCGAAUGUCUGCUAAGGAGAUGUUGAAAUGCACCGAUCCUCGGCUACAGAGAUCCAAUGUAGAUGGCCCAUCUCCCUUUUCAGAUCAGUGCACCUCCCCAGAUAGAAGCAGCAGAUCAUAUGAGGAAUGGGCACGCACAGAGGGUGCUUUGCCUCGCCUUUCCCCCUCACUAACACACUCCAAAUAUGGCCGCGCCAGUACUCCACCAUGUGCUGCUAGCAGCCGGUAUAACUCCCGCAGUCGCAUCCCUAGUGGGCCCAUGACUGUGAUAUGUGAACGGGAAGGGGAACUGACUGAGUCGAUAGACUGCUGCAAUGUUCCUUUCCCUGUGUCACUGUCCUCCAGUGGCACAGUGUGUGCUCAAGGCAGCACUUAGACUGAAACGCUUAAAAUCCAUUUGGAGAUUUUUUUUUUUCUUCAACUAACCAACGUCGAAAAAAUGGUUUAUCCUACAUUCAAAGAGAGUGCUAAAUUUUUGCUUGCUGCAAAUGCUCAUGCUGGCCCAAUGUAGCCGAAGACAGAUAUGGGAAAGGGGAAUCUACAAUCUACCACUUUAUUUUCACUCUUCUCCAUAAAAAGAAGAAUUUCACUGACUCAUAAGAUAGUAUCUGAGGAUUACGCUUUUUUUCCAUCUGUUAAUUUGUCUUCUCUUUUUGCAGGUUAGGAAAUGCAGGAUACAUGCAAGUUUCCUUUUGUCAUGAUAAGCGAGAAGGAUUUAGCUGAAAUGAGAGAGGAUUUUUAUUGAGUGCUUGUUCUUGGUUAGUGGAUAAAUCUUGACCAAAACAAACAUGCUAUAAAUAACAGCACAUCCUACUUACACAAAUGACAAGUAAAGCAGGUUUGGGUCAAAAUGGAAUUGAUACAGUAUGUUUGGGAGAGUGAAGGUUAACGUGAGAACUUAAAGAACUGUAAUAGUGAAGUUGUUUAAGAAUGUAUAUGGAGAUGUGUAUAUGCACGGUCAGAUAAAAUAAGAGGUAUUUGGAGGUAUUUAAAAAGACUGAAUUCAACAGUGUAGAGUUGCACUAUAUUUUAAAUGCUAAUUUAUAUUGUGUCCAACCAUUUUCAGUUUCUAAAAAAAAAGUGUGUAUGAAUGGGCACAUGUUCAACAAAUGCUUUAAUAUCUUUUUUUUUAACCAAAAAAAAAAAAUUAAAAGGUAUAUUACUAAGUACUCUAAUCUUCUGUAUGUUACAAGUAUGAAAAGAAUACAGGUGCUAAAAAGCUCAAUAUCAUGAAUGGUGCAUACUCAGUUUGCUUAGGUUAAAACGAGUACAUUGCUUAUACUGUAGCAGCCCUUAGUGAAAAGCUUACUUAUGUAUUCAUGUUGCUUCAGAGGUACUGUAUGGAAAUCUUGAAGUGCUAAUUAACAAAUCCACAACAGGAUAGCAUAGCACACAAAUACAGUACAAAAGAAAAAAAAAUGCUAUUCCAAAAAUAGUAUGAAAAGGAGCAUAGUGUCUAAAACGACAACAAGAAAGAAAGAAAGAAAGAAAGAAAGAAAGAAAGAAAGAAAGAAAGAAAACACAAUAGCAAAUCUGAAAAGCAAAUAUAAAAGCAAAUAUAAAGACACGAUUGUAGAAAGGAAAGAACAGUGAUUCUGAAAACCCAGUUCUCAAACCAAAAAAAGACACUAAAACUGACUGAUCAAAUAAAAGAGUAAAUUAUUUGGGCACCUUGUGAUGAAUACACUUGUUGGUGAUCUAAUAGAUCAUAUGGCUGUCCUGUAUUUAUCUUCAGUAACAUCUUUAUUCUGGUCACAUUUACACCUAGGGUAUGUUUUUAAGGAGGUGGGAGAAAACUGAAAAUCCUGGAGGAAACACAUCCUGACAGUAAAUUACUUUACCACCAUGGCACCCUUUUAAAAAAGCACAUAAAUUGAAAAUGUGUCAUUGUAGUAAACACAUUAACAGAAUUGCCCAAAUAUUUUACCUUAUUGAUAUUCAGUUAGCGUUUCUGAUUUGAGAAAUGACUUGCUGUUUUUUCCCCCAGAUUUGCCAAUGUGUGUGUUUUUUUUUUAAUCGUUUAAUUGUUAAAUAUAUUUUGCACUUCAAGGCUUUCACAUUAGAGCAUUGUAUAUUCUAUUUGUUUAAGUUCAAAGACUUAAGUUCCAUAGUCCUGAGAGCUGAGAAAUUAGCUGAGAAGUCUCUUCACUGCAAUAAAGUUUGUUGACCAAUUUUCCUGUGACAUUUGACUUGUAUAGCAGUGGCCUCCUGUAUGACUGCAUAUGAAAAUUAUAUACUGUACAUCCGGAUAUAAAAUAUAAUAAAAUGUAUAUGCAUUUUUUUUUAUUUGAUUAAA